CAGCCGCGUGGACUCCGGCUUUUGUGAGCUUGUGGUUGCAAGCCGGGCAUUACUGCAGCUCUCUUCCUGGUGGUUCUCGGGUCUCGGGGAAGCGUCCCAGUUUCCUCCUAGUUCGGAUCUGCCUCGCUUUCUUUCCUCCGCAGCUCGGCAUGCAGAAUAAAGACACCUCCCCCUACGGCUUCCUGCCUAGGUUCCAGCAUUUCGCCACUCAGGCCAUCCACGAGGGCCAGGAGCCGGAGCAGUGGAAGUCCCAAGCCGUGGUGCCCCCGAUCUCACUGUCCACCACCUUCAAGCAGUGUGCUCCAGGACAGCACUCGGGUUUUGAGUACAGCCGCUCUGGAAACCCCACCAGGAACUGCUUGGAAAAGGCCGUGGCAGCACUAGAUGGGGCUAAGUAUAGUUUGGCCUUUGCUUCUGGCUUAGCAGCUACCAUGACUAUUACCCAUCUCUUAAGAGCUGGAGACCACAUCAUCUGUAUGGAUGACAUGUACGGAGGUACAAACAGAUACUUCAGGACAGUGGCAGCCAAAUUUGGAUUAAAGAUUUCUUUUGUUGACUGUUCCAGAACCAAAUUGUUAGAAGCAGCCAUCACAGCAGAAACCAAGCUUGUUUGGAUUGAAACCCCCACAAACCCCGGCUUGAAGAUGGUUGAUAUCGAAGCCUGUGCACAUAUUGUCCAUAAGCAUGGAGACAUCAUUUUAGUGGUGGAUAAUACUUUCAUGUCAGCGUACUUCCAGCGACCUUUGGCUCUGGGAGCUGAUAUUUGCAUGUAUUCAGCAACAAAAUAUAUGAAUGGCCACAGUGAUGUUGUAAUGGGCCUAGUGUCACUUAAUUCUGAGAGCCUCCAUGACAAGCUCCGCUUCCUACAGAACUCCAUCGGAGCAAUUCCAUCUCCUCUUGACUGUUACCUGUGCAACAGAGGACUGAAGACCCUACAAAUUCGAAUGGAGAAGCAUUUUGAGAAUGGAAUGGCGGUUGCUCAGUUUUUGGAAUCACACCCUCUGGUAGAGAAGGUUAUUUAUCCUGGGCUUUCCUCUCAUCCUCAGCAUGAGCUGGCAAAACGACAGUGCACAGGCUGCCCGGGGAUGGUCACCUUUUAUAUUAAGGGAGCCCUGCAGCAUGCUGAGAAUUUCCUCAAGAACAUUAAGUUAUUCACUCUUGCUGAGAGCUUGGGAGGAUACGAGAGUCUUGCUGAGCUUCCGGCAAUCAUGACUCACGCCUCGGUACCUAAGAGUGACAGAGAUAUCCUGGGGAUUAGUGACACGUUGAUUCGACUCUCUGUGGGGCUAGAGGAUAAAGCUGAUCUAAUAGAAGACCUGGACCAAGCUUUGAAGGCUGCACACUCUCCAAAUGCAAGUCGAAACUAGUGACUUCCUGAGAAGAUCAAAUACUCUAAAUAACUGGACCAUUAACGAGUCUUCUGAAGAAUUUUCAAGUGAAAAUUUUAAGACACUUCAUUGCUUUUCACAACUGUAAUAUUCUGGGAACAAUCCUUCAAAAAUGGUUUCUCUUAUUGUAAUGGAAAGGUCAAUUCUCUUAGAGGCUUUAUUCAUUUUCAUGAACACUUGGCUCAGGGAGGAGAUUAGUGCUGCUUUGGGGAAGCAUUUUCUUUCUGUAGCUGUAAACAGUCGUGUUUACAAUAUAAUGGUAUGGUGAUUUUGUUUUUGGUGUUUUCUGAAGAAUUUAAAUUAUUAAAUGAGUGUUCUUAAAUUA